AUGUUCUACACCUGUGGUCCCAACGAGGCGAUGGUGGUGUCAGGGGUCUGUCGCUCUCCUCCCAUGAUGAUAGCUGGAGGCAGAGUGUUUGUCAUCCCGUGCAUUCAGAAGAUACAGAGGAUUUCCCUCAACACCCUGACUCUGAAUGUAAAGAGUGAUAAAGUCUACACCCGCCACGGAGUUCCCAUCUCUGUCACCGGGAUCGCGCAGAUGAAGAUCCAGGGUAAGAACGAACAGAUGCUGGCUGCAGCCUGCCAAAUGUUCAUGGGAAAAUCAGAAGCGGAGAUCGCCCAGAUCGCCCUGGAGACGCUGGAGGGACACCAGCGAGCCAUCAUCGCCCACCUAACUGUCGAGGAGAUCUACAAGGACCGCAAGAAGUUCUCAGAGCAGGUCUUCAAAGUGGCCUCCUCUGACCUGGUCAACAUGGGCAUCAGCGUGGUCAGUUACACGCUCAAAGACGUCCACGAUGACCAGGAUUACCUGCAUUCUCUGGGGAAGGCUCGCACAGCUCAGGUUCAGAAAGACGCUCGCAUCGGAGAGGCCCAGAACAAGAGAGAUGCUGUGAUCAGGGAGGCCCAUGCAAUGCAGGAGAAAGUCUCGGCUCAGUACAAGAAUGAGAUAGAAAUGGCAAAGGCCCAGAGGGACUAUGAGCUCAAGAAGGCGGCCUAUGACAUUGAAAUCUACACUAAGAAGGCUGAGUCUGAAAUGGCGUAUCAGCUGCAGGUAGCAAAGACGAAGCAGCGCAUCGAGGAGGAGAAGAUGCAGGUCCAGGUGGUGGAGCGGGCUCAGCAGAUCAUGCUGCAGGAGCAAGAGAUCACCCGCAGGGAGAAGGAGCUGGAGGCCAAGGUGAUGAAACCCGCAGAGGCUGAGAAGUACCGCCUGGAGAAACUGGCAGAGGCUCAGCGUCUUAAGUUGAUCAUGGAGGCGGAGGCUGAAGCUGAGACCAUUAGGAUGAAGGGUGAGGCUGAGGCGUUUGCAGUGGAGGCCAAGGGUCGCGCUGAGGCAGAGCAGAUGGCGAAGAAGGCCGAGGCCUUCCAGCAGUACAAAGAUGGAGCCAUGGUGGACAUGCUGCUGGAGAAACUGCCUCUGAUGGCAGAAGAGAUCAGCAAGCCCCUGUGUGCGGCAAAUAAGGUUACCAUGAUAUCCAGCGGAGACGGAGACGUGGGUGCUGCCAAACUGUCCGGCGAGGUGCUGAACAUCAUGACCCGCCUCCCUGAGGCGGUAGAGAAACUGACUGGUGUCAGCAUCUCCCAGGUGACCUCUCGCACAGGCUAA